GACGUUACAAUGUAGCGACUUGUUUCAUGGAAAAAAUAAAAACGUGGAGAUCGCUUUGACUUGUCUGCAAACCCAUUCGGAUAACUUUGAAAGUAUACCUGGUGAAACAUUUUUGGCAGUGCUAACACCCACGUGUAGGUAGGUCUUCUGUGUUUUUCUCUGUCUUGAUUCCAACCCGAAUGAAAACGUCAGUUCUGUAAUAGUUCGUGGAAGGAAAUGGCAAGUAACGUUAAAAGACCAAAGAUAGCGGCAGAUUCUGAGGAGAUUGUUGAUGAACCCCUACAAAACUUUUUACAAUGGUGCCACAAAGUCGAACUAACCAUGAGCAACAAGGUCUACCUUUCCAAGGAAGGUACUGUGGCAGAAUAUGGCAUGUUGGCCAAACAGGAGAUAGAUGAAGGAGAAGUUCUCUUUUCUAUUCCCAGAAAUGUUCUACUUAACCAGCAGAACUCUAAAAUUAAAGCAGUGCUCGAGGAGAGUAAAGUGACUCUCGAGAACACAUCUGGAUGGGUUCCCCUCCUCAUGGCUCUUAUGUAUGAAUACACCUAUCCACAGUCCCACUGGACACCAUACUUGUCCCUUUGGCCUAACUUUAAGGCCCCGGACCACCCUAUGUUUUGGUCGAAAGAGGAAAGAGACAAAUUGCUGAAGGGAACAGGAAUUCGCGAGGCAGUGGAAACAGACCUGACAAACAUUCAGAAUGAAUACACAGAUAUAGUGCUACCAUUUAUUCGGUCACACUUAGAUCUGUGGGAUCCCGAGAAGCACACACUUGACCUCUACAAAAGCCUGGUUGCCUUUGUCAUGGCAUACAGUUUCCAGGAGCCUCUAGAGGAGGAAGAGGAGGAUGAAAAAGAUCCUAACCCUCCAAUGAUGGUUCCCAUGGCUGACAUGCUGAAUCAUGUGUCCAAUCACAAUGCUAACCUGGAGUAUACACCUGAGUACCUGAAAAUGGUGGCCAUACGCAGCAUCAAGGCAGGAGAGGAGAUCUUUAACACCUAUGGCGAGAUGGCCAACUGGCAGCUUCUUCACAUGUAUGGUUUCACGGAGCCACAUCAGGAGAACAGCAACGAUACAGCGGACAUCCAGAUGACUACUGUACAAAAAGUAGCACUGCAGCUGGCCCAGAAUGAGGAGGAGCAACGCUUCGCCGCGGAGAAGUGGAACAUGCUGUGCGACAUGGAGAUGGUUGGAGACCAAGGAGCUUUCAUCUUUGGCAAAAAGGGUUGCCUCACAGACACUGAGAUGUACACAACAUUGAAGAUCCUGUCUAUGGAGAAAGAGGAAUUUGAGGUGUUUCAGGACAGGGAGUGGGAGGAGGUGGACGACGAGGACGAGAUGGCACAGGCCCUAUCUUACGAAGGUCUGCCAGUGCUGCCGCCUGCUUGGCGGCGCUUGUUGCACGCUGCAAUUGGGGCUACUCUGGAUUCUUACGAAGAUGGUGUUGAGGCAGACCGUAAGCUUCUGGAGGAACAGGAGGUCCUGGCCAAGCUGGACAGCCGGAGCAGAAGGGCGCUGCAGGUGCGCUAUGGCCAGAAGAAGAUACUGCAGCAACUUCAGCAGCUCACACAGUCAGGAGCCAGUACAUCCAAAACGUCUUGAAACAUGCAACACAGAUGCAUCAAGUACAGAUGUCCAGAGGGUUUAACAUGCUUCUGUAAAAUAAGUUAGAACCUUUAAUGUCUGUCAAGUUAACAUGUUUCUGUUGAUAAGUUAGUUUUCCUAUCUAAGGCCCUUAAGAACAUAUCUUAUUUCAUCUUGUAAAUGGUACCAGAAUGAGUGUUGAAAACUUAAAAUGAUGAGAUGUGAUAAGGACUGAGUGCUACCAUGAAACCACUGUCUCCAAGCUGAGUUUGAUUAAUUAUUAGCCCAUUUACUUAAUCUACGUUUACUGACAACAGCAAGCUUCUAAAUAAUUUAUGCAAGGCAGCAUCUGAUUUUCUGAAUCCUUAAAUAAGACUAAUAAAAAGUAAACAUGGGAAUGUACUGGGACCAUUUGGUUGAUUGUCAACUAACGUUGAACACAACAUUGUUUUUUCAAUAAAUUGUUUUUCACAUUA